AACCGAUACCCAUGCUGAUGGAAACGUUUUCUCGCUUCCCAAUUUCUUCAAAAGUUUCGUCUGAGUCAGUUUUUGUUUUUAUUCGACGCUGUCGCUUUAAAUGAAACAGCUGGGCAGGUUUAUGCUCUGAACACCCUGCAAUGUUGAAAUGAAGAUUGAUGAAAAGGUUGUCAACUACUUUGAAUCUUGCAACUCACCUGUGGACAAAGAGGGAUACCUGUCCAAAAAGGGUGAGAUAAAGACUUCGUAUCAGAAGCGCUGGUUUGUGCUGAAGGGAAACCUCCUCUUCUACAAGGAGCGCCCGGGGGACAGGGACGUGAUAGGAGUCAUUGUUCUGGAGGGCUGCACCGUCCAGCUGUGCGAGUCCGAGGAGCAGUUCGCCUUCUCUCUGGUGUGGAGCGAGCCGGGACUCCGGACCUACAAGUUUUCGGCGGAGGACCAGGCGAGCCAGGAGAGCUGGAUCAAGGCUCUGCUGUCGGCCAGCCACAGCUACCUGGCCCUGCUGGUGACGGACAUGGAGAACAAGUACAGAGAUACUUUGCUGUCGCAUACCAGCCAACUCCACCGGCCGUUCACGAUGCCGAACUUCCACACGUCAGCAGCGAACUUUGUGGAAGCAGGAGUCUCCAACCAAACGCUUCAGCCUUCAAACAUUUUGGUGGCCAGAGCGUUUUCCAAGAAAUCGUCCAAACUGCAGUCUAAGAAGAACUCGAACCUGCCGCCUGUCAGCACGCCUGCCCUGCCGAUGUUGGAGCACUUGGGUUUGUCUUUCGAUCCAGAGGAAGAUUUCAGUAAAAUGCAUGAAGACUUUGGAAAGGAGGUGAAGAAGCUGAUUGCUGAUUGGUCCAAAAGAAGAGGCGGCGAUGAACCAACUCCGGAGGAAAGCUUGAUAGAUCUUGGAUAAAGAAAUUUUAAGUUCUCGGUUUUUAAUCAUCGUGUUAAAUCAUGUUUGCAACAUUUCAAACCUUUUAUUUCAUUAGUAAUGGGAAAAGUUUUGUUUAAUGUACAGUACAGACAAAAAGUUU